UUUUCAGAAUGUCGUCUGCGAAUCGCAGCUGAAACGAAGGGAAAUCAAGUAAUUUUUAAGGAAAUUGAUAAUGUUCAUAACAAACGCAGCAAUAAUGUUUGAAGAGGUCAUAGCCUAAGACGCUAAACGAUGACAAAAAACUUCGAUUGACAUUAUGUAACAUUAGAGAUUUGAUGACAUUGAUCAUGGAUCAUGCACCACGAAGUGUUUCAUCUGGAUAAAUCGGAUAGUUGGUUCCAUAUCUAUCAUUUUCAACUGAUACAAAUAAAGCGCACAACUGAGGUAAAAAAUCAAGAAUUAGCAAUCGCAAAUCACACAGAAAUUCUACAGUAACAACGUAAUGGUUUUGCUAAUAGCGUUUAUUUAAAAUAUAAGAAAAAUGUGUUGCAUAUUGGUAAUAAAGAAACUCUUACUUUGUUCCGAUAAUGUUGUACCAUUCCAGUAAUUCCUUUUAAUUUGUGUUUACAAAUUGACAAAACAGUUAUCAACUUCGUUUCUAAUAAAGUAGAUGGUUUUGUGGACGGCUUUUUUCUAUACAAAUAUGUCUUUAUAUAUUCAAUUAAAUGUAUUAAAUAAAAUACGAGGUACUUUAACUAAAAAUGCCUUUAGAACACAGGCUACGAAGAGUGUAACUUUAGAAUAUGAUAAAGAUCCGCAACCAUUGUUUACUAACCCUGAAAUCCAAAAGCUUCUCAAGUCCAUUACACAAUUAGAUUUGAGCAAAAUAUUUCGGCGAACCACGGCGUCAGUAAAUAGUGUAGAAUAUAAAUUUAUGACCACCGAACAAUUGGAAGAUGUGUUUCGCAAAACAGUGGAAAAAGCCAAAGUGAAAUUACAAAUGCCACCUAUAGUGAAAGUAAGAGACGAUGCUCAAAAGAUCAUAUCGGUGGAUAAAGCUUUAAAAGGAUUCUCUGAUACAAAGUUUGUAAUAACUGAUGUAACUUACGGCACACGUCAAUCUGAACGUAAAGUAGUUGUCCGCGAUACAGAUGGUACAUUACAUCAUGCUCCAAUGGAAAUGGCUAAAAGAAUGAAACAAUUGUUUGUACCACUGAAUGGACGCAAAUUGCGGACACCACAAAUGUUUGAGGACGAAAAUUUACAAGCACGUUUAGAAGAACGCAAAUAUGAAUUUAUAUUAGAUCGUUUACUAGUGCAAUUCAAUCCAGAUGAGCCCGAUUUUCACAGAAUAAGCAGUAAAGUGUAUCAGCAUAUAAAUGAAACUAAAGAAUUCGAUCAACUUCGUUCCACAAGGCAUUUUGGACCUAUGGCGUUCUUUUAUGUUUGGCACAAAUGUAUCGAUGAUUUGCUGUAUGAUAUGAUAAAAAGGGAUUACUUAAGAAAUGGAGCCGAAUUAAUAAUCUUAUAUUAUAAAGUCCAUUCGAUACCAGAGGACUUUGCAGAGUUUUUGCAAAAAUUAGACGAACAUAAUUCUUUAGAAGAUUUAGCUCUAAAAGAACUGAAUAAAUCCAUAAAGAGUAAAGUGAACGGCGAUAUACAUUCAGAAAUCGAAAGUGCUAUUGGUAAAUCAGCCAAAGAUUUUGAAGUUGAUGAAUUAUGUUUAAGGUUUGUAGAAAAGUACAUUGCAGCUUAUGCGCUAAAAAAAGUGCAGCUCGAGUUGGGCAUUCAAACAUUAAGAGAAAUUAAUGCCGAGAAAAAGCAUUUGUAUGAAGGCUUAAGCAAAGCACACGGCAUACAAAGUGUUAGUUAAAUUAUAGUCUUUUUGUCGCAAUAAAUUCUAUCUAAUUUAUAUUUUCUUAAUCACAUCUUUUAUGUAUUUUAAUUGUU